UCAGACUGAACCGGAAGUAGAAAUUUCGGAGUUCCCAGCAUCUCUGUCAACAUGGCGGUGAUCGGAGGACUUUUAAGGGCAACUGUCCCAAAUAUUUUAUCUUUGUCUAAGAAAAAUAUACUUGGAUAUGCACCGACGCUUUUUGUUUCUAGCCGAGGAGCCAACAAAUGGCUACUGGAUUCAGAGUAUUUAGGAAAAAUGACAGGACCUAUAAUGUACCCUGAUGAAAUCAGUUCAAAAUGGAAAAAUCUCCCAGUUAACCCUCGAGGAGAAGUGAAAGAGAAGGAAGUUCAAAAUGUGACUAUGAACUUUGGUCCACAGCACCCUGCAGCUCAUGGUGUAUUGCGUCUCGUACUUACACUGGACGGUGAGACUAUUGAACGUGCUGAUCCUCACAUUGGACUAUUACACCGGGGUACAGAAAAGCUUAUUGAGUACAAGACUUAUAUGCAGGCCUUACCCUAUUUCGAUCGUUUAGACUAUGUUUCAAUGAUGUGCAAUGAACAAUGUUAUUCAUUGGCUGUGGAAAAUUUAUUAAAUAUUGAGAUUCCAGAAAGAGCAAAAUGGAUCCGAACCCUUUUUGGUGAAAUAACUCGGAUACUCAAUCAUAUUAUGGCAGUCGGUACCCAUGCUUUGGAUAUUGGUGCUAUGACACCUUUUUUCUGGCUCUUUGAAGAACGUGAAAAAAUGAUGGAAUUUUAUGAACGUGUUUCUGGAGCCCGUAUGCAUGCAGCUUAUGUCCGUCCUGGUGGAGUUUCACAGGACUUACCUCUUGGAUUGAUGGAUGACAUCUUUGAUUUUAUUAGCAAAUUUGGAGAGAGGCUUGAUGAAGUUGAUGCUCUUUUGACAGAAAAUAGAAUUUGGAAAUCUAGAACAGUUGACAUUGGUAUUAUAUCAGCAGAAGAUGCCCUCAAUUAUGGCUGUAGUGGAGUAAUGCUGCGUGGAUCAGGAAUCAAAUGGGAUUUGCGUAAAGUACAACCAUAUGAUGCUUAUGACAAAGUAGACUUUGAUAUCCCAAUUGGUCGUAAAGGAGAUUGCUAUGACAGGUAUUUAAUCCGAAUGGAAGAAAUGAGACAAAGUCUGAAUAUUAUUCAUCAGUGUCUAAACAAAAUGCCUCCAGGUGAAAUAAAAGUAGAUGAUCACAAAAUUUGUCCUCCUAAGAGAAGUGAAAUGAAAUCUUCCAUGGAAUCAUUGAUCCAUCACUUCAAGCUAUACACAGAAGGUUAUAAUGUACCUCCUGGUAGUACAUACACUGCUGUGGAAGCACCAAAGGGUGAAUUUGGAGUUUACCUUGUGUCAGAUGGGUCCAACAAACCUUAUAGAUGUAAGAUUAAAGCUCCCGGAUUUGCUCAUUUAGCUGCCCUAGACAAAGUUUCAAAGAAACAUAUGCUUGCUGAUGUUGUGGCCAUUAUAGGAACAUUGGACGUUGUGUUUGGUGAAGUUGAUCGAUGAAGACAUAAGUAGAUGGAUGAAACAAAUCUGUGAAGACCAGCCAUGAUAUAUUGAGAAUUUAUUUACUUAAUGGCUUUUACAUAUAUUUAUCAGAGUUUUAUAGAGUGUCGAUAGACUUUUAUAACAGCCGUUCUGAAAAAUAAACUUGUUAAAUAGUC